GCCGGGCGGACCAGGAUGUUAGCGUGCUGCUCGCGGGGUUCGGCAUGGGCUCCUGUUAUCCUGGAGUUAGUUCAAAGGAGGACUCAGCCUGUCCUUCGUCUCUACAAGGCAGCAGUUCAUUCACCCCGGAGUUUUCUGCAGAGAAACAUAUCGUAUAGUCGUGUCAUAAACCCUUUCACUUCCACAUUGCGUUCCGUUUUAGACGUUCACGGGUCCAGAACAAUCAACAUGUCGUCCACUGCCAUGUCUCAGAGAAUGGUGUGGGUGGACUUAGAGAUGACAGGUCUGGACAUUGAGAAGGACCAGAUCAUUGAAAUGGCAUGCAUCAUCACAGACUCUGACUUGAAUAUUUUGGCUGAGGGGCCCAACUUGAUAAUAAACCAGCCCAAUGAACUGCUUGAAGGGAUGUCUGAGUGGUGUAAAGAGCAUCAUGGAAAGUCAGGACUGACCCAGGCUGUACAGGACAGUAAAAUCACCCUAGAACAAGCGGAGUAUGAGUUCCUGUCUUUCGUCAGACAGCACACCCCACCUGGACAGUGUCCUCUUGCUGGUAACUCUGUGCAUGCAGACAAGAAAUUCCUGGACAAGUACAUGCCACAGUUUAUGUACCACCUUCACUAUAGAAUCAUUGACGUCAGCACCAUCAAAGAGCUUUGCAGACGGUGGUUUCCAGUGGAAUACAAGAUGGUGCCUCACAAGAAAGCAGCCCACAGGGCCUUGGAUGACAUCCAGGAGAGCAUUAAAGAGCUGCAGUACUACAGAGCCACCGUCUUCAAAGCCUCAACAGAGAACAAGUGCACGAUUGUAGAAAAUGGAGGCAGCAACAAUCGUUAAGUGAGACUAUGGAACCUUCAGUGUUGUGUCCCUGCGUCUUUUGAAGACAUCGCUUUCAUCGUUCAAUUACAUGAUCGUCUUAAAUGUUUUUAGUUUUUUUUCUUUUCAUAUUUAUCUGCCUAAUCUUUUUUCAGUAUUGUUCAAAAGUAAAAUGUUGAGAUUUCAUCAAGCAAGGUAACGGUUAAUUUAAAGGAAACCCUUUUCCAUAUUUAAAAGAGGAGCAUUCAGAAGUGACCUUGCAGUUUGUAUUUAUUCAACCUUAUUCUGGGAUUGACUUUCAUUUUCCUUGUUUUUAAGAAGAAACCAAAUAAACAAUGAUCCCUGAGAAAACAGUCUA